AUGCGCGGCGCGGUGCGCGACGCCCUGCGACGAUCGCUCGCGGAGCAGGCGCCGCACUCGCUGCGCGUGCACAUGAGCAACAAGUACGUGUACGCGCAGAUCGUGCGCGCGCUCGACGGCCACGUCGUCGCGAGCGCGUCGACGAUCGAGCGCGCGUUCCCGUUCGCGGAGAGCGACGCGAGCGCGAGCGCGACGACGCGCGAGAUGCGGUCGAGGAGCGAUAAGCGGGCGGCGGCGGCGGUGGGCGACGCGCUCGCGCGCAGGGCCAAGGCGGCGAACGUCGACGCGGUGAAGUGGACGCGACCGUACGGCAAGCGGUUUCACGGGAAGAUCGCGUCGUUGAUGGAGGCGCUGAAGAGCGGUGGGGUGGGAUUGUUGUAG